UUAUUAGAAGUUUUCUAAACGAAUGAGGUGCGGAUUGUUGCUGCUAUUCGGGGAUUAGCUUUUAGUUGGGAAUGGAAGCUCGCCGUCGUCGCGCCUCGGCGAUGAGCAGUGCGGCAGCCACAUUGCCCUCAACACAGGAUAAGGAGUUCAAUUUGCGUCUGGUCGAGCUGUAUGGCCAGCAUGAGUGUCUGUGGAACCCGACGCUGGCCGAGCACAGCGAUGUGGAGUUGAAGCAACGCGCCUGGGACGCCAUUGCCAGCGAGUUGGGCGCCCACUUGACGGCGGCGUUUGUGCGCAGUCGCAUCAGCAGUUUGCGCUAUCGCCUCAACGUCCACAAGCUGCAGCUGCUGGAGCACAAGAUGGCGCCCGCCAGCAGCAAAGCGCCACAGCCGCUCUACUACAUGGAGCAGUUCAGUUUCCUGGACAGCGUGCCCAUCGCUGGGCAGCAGAGCGGCGCGUCGAGCAGCCGUCGCGAUUCGGCGGAGCGUCUGCGCGCCAGCACCAGCAUUGCCAGCAUGUUCAAGCAGCGUCUGCAGCAGCAGCAGCCGCAUCUGGAGCAGCUGCCGCAAGUGCUGCAGCGUCUCAAUCUGGCGGAGCAGAAUGCGGCGUUGGUAACCAAGCCGCCACGUCCGCCAAGCUCAAGCCAGGCGGACGGCAGUCUGCAGCAGCGCAUGCAACGUCUGAGCGCGCUGGAGCGUGGCGGCAGCGGCAGCUUCAGGUCGGAGCGGCUCAGCCUCAGCAUACCCAGCGUGGUGAAGAAGCGCAUGCGCCAGCAGCUGCCGCUCUAUAUGCAGGCGGAGCGCUGCUCGCUGGAGCGCUGCUCCGAGCCAAGCAAGAGCUACGCGAAGCUGCCCGAAGCGCGUCCCGGCGAUUCGGUGUCCAAGACACAAAUGGUGGCCAGCACAAGCGCAGCCGCUGCCAAGUCCCAGCGCGGCCUGGACGCCGCCCACUCCGAUGAGGAGGAUCUGCUGCGUUUGCACUGGAACUUGCGGCAGCAGCAGCAAAUGCAGCAGCCACGCGCGCGUCGCCCAGGCGGCGGCCCCAGUUUGGACUCAAAGCGUCGCAGCUGUUGAAAAUUAAACACACACAUGCACAUGGGGGACACUAGGACACACACACACGCACACACACACACAACUUAUGCUGGCAAUUCGUUUAAAAUAUAAAGCAAUUGAGUCCUGCGCUUCAUUUGUUUUCUAAUGGGACUUGGCUUGGCA